GCCGCCAUUUUCUCACAGCCUCCUCGUACGCGUUGCCUGCGUGGCUGUCUGUCCCGCUUGUCCGCGCUUUGUCCUGCUCGGCGAUGGACGGCAUUGUCACUGAUGUUGCAGUUGGUGUGAAGAGAGGAUCUGACGAACUUCUUUCAGGCAGUGUACUCAAUAGCCCGAACUCUAACAUGAGCAGCAUGGUAGUUACUGCCAAUGGUAAUGACAACAAGAAAUUCAAAGGUGACGAUAAAAUGGAUGGGGCUCCUUCUCGUGUUCUUCAUAUCAGGAAAUUGCCUGGGGAAGUGACAGAAACAGAAGUUAUUGCUUUAGGUUUACCUUUUGGUAAGGUAACCAACAUCCUGAUGCUGAAGGGGAAAAACCAGGCAUUUUUGGAACUUGCUACAGAAGAAGCAGCUAUCACUAUGGUUAAUUACUACUCUGCUGUGACGCCUCAUCUUCGUAACCAACCUAUCUAUAUCCAGUAUUCCAAUCAUAAAGAACUAAAGACUGAUAACACACUUAACCAGCGGGCCCAAGCUGUUCUUCAGGCAGUGACAGCUGUGCAGGCAACAAAUGCUCCGAUUAGCGGGACCACUGUUAGUGAGAGUGCAGUGACUCCAGCUCAGAGUCCAGUACUUAGAAUAAUUAUUGACAAUAUGUACUAUCCAGUAACACUGGAUGUUCUUCAUCAGAUAUUCUCUAAAUUUGGUGCUGUAUUGAAGAUAAUCACAUUUACAAAGAAUAACCAGUUUCAAGCUUUACUGCAGUAUGGCGAUCCAGUAAAUGCACAGCAAGCAAAACUAGCCUUAGAUGGUCAAAAUAUUUAUAAUGCUUGCUGUACUCUACGGAUUGAUUUUUCCAAAUUGGUGAAUUUGAAUGUCAAGUACAACAACGAUAAAAGCAGGGACUACACUCGUCCUGAUCUUCCAUCUGGUGAUGGACAGCCGGCUCUGGACCCAGCUAUUGCUGCAGCAUUUGCAAAGGAGACCUCUCUUCUAGGGCUUCCUGUUGCAGCUGUUCCAGGAGCUCUGAGUCCUUUGGCUAUUCCAAAUGCUGCUGCUGCAGCUGCAGCUGCUGCUGCUGGCCGUGUGGGAAUGCCUGGAGUUUCAGCUGGUGGCAAUACAGUCCUCCUGGUUAGCAAUUUAAAUGAAGAGAUGGUUACGCCCCAAAGUCUGUUUACCCUCUUCGGUGUUUAUGGUGAUGUGCAGCGUGUGAAGAUUUUAUACAAUAAGAAAGACAGUGCUCUUAUACAAAUGGCUGAUGGAAACCAGUCACAGCUGGCCAUGAGCCAUCUUAAUGGACAAAAAAUGUAUGGAAAGAUUAUUCGGGUUACCCUUUCUAAACAUCAGACAGUACAACUACCUCGAGAGGGACUUGAUGACCAAGGGCUGACUAAAGAUUUUGGUAAUUCACCUCUGCAUCGCUUCAAGAAACCCGGUUCAAAAAACUUUCAAAAUAUAUUCCCUCCUUCUGCAACACUUCAUCUGUCCAAUAUUCCACCAUCAGUAGCAGAAGAGGAUCUACGCACAUUGUUUGCUAACACUGGAGGCACUGUGAAAGCAUUUAAAUUUUUUCAAAGAGAUCACAAGAUGGCACUUCUUCAGAUGUCAACAGUAGAAGAAGCUAUUCAGGCUUUGAUUGAUCUUCACAAUUACAAUCUGGGAGAAAAUCACCAUCUGAGAGUUUCUUUCUCUAAGUCAACUAUUUAAAAAGGCAGGUUGAAAAUGAGGGUGUAUUGCAUUGCUUGGUGUUGUCACCUAUUGACUGUUCAGGAAAGUGGGGACCAGAGUUUGUCUUCUGUUGGGUUUUUUUUUAUUUUUUUUCAUGUUGUUAUCAUUCCUUGGUUGUUUUAAAAAAAAUAAAAAAAUAAAAAAAAUACAAGCAGUGAUACUAACUGCUGUUGUUCAACUGUUGUUCAGAUAAAACAUCAUUUUGUUUAAAAAGAUUUCCAGUUAAUAUCACAUUUUUUCAACUUAGUUGACGUACGUGCCUUAAAAAGGAAAACUAGUACUGCUGGAAUUGCAUAACUAGUAAAAAGCAAAUUUGGUUGUCUGGGGCACAUUGUUACAUGAUAACUUAAAUAUGUUUAGGCAGGGGUGUGUAAAAAGGUUAAGCUUUUGUUUCUCCUGCUUGAUAGAUUUCUUUAUCUGCUGGCUUGUCACUUAUUUUUCUUUUUUAAUUGGAUAAGAUGCAUUACGCUGAAAGAGUAAAAUGAUGUUAUUUGAUUUCUGCUACUUUUUGCUUUGUGCUCUUUUUUUUAAAAAGGCCUUUUGUAUUUCAUGGUUCUGGUCUAGAUUCAGUUAUGAAUGUAGGCAUUAGUUAAAAUUAACAAGGUACAGAAUAUUAAUUUCUUAAAGGACAAAAAGUGACUUCUGUGACUUUAAGCCCUAUGUGAAAAGCAUUGUGGAAUCUUAACCUUUUUGUACACACUCUUGUGGGAUGUAUCAUAUAAAUGUCAGCACUAAGUAAUGUCUUGUUUGUGGCUGAAUAUUUUUCGUAGAUGUUUUUGAAGUUGACAUGACUUACGUGCAUUUCAAUAUAUAUUGCCAUCUUUAGUUUGUAAUUAAGAUAUGGAAUAUGGUUGUGGAUUUCUGAGCAUGUACAGACUGGUCAAGUUAGUUCAGGAAAUGGUGCAUGUAUUUUUCAAUAAUGAAGAAAGUUUGCUGCAAAUGCUUGCAGGAAAUUUUGUGGCAGUUUUUUCUAAAACUGACAACCAGGUGGGACCAAAGUUUAUGUGCCUUUAGUCUUAAUUUACCUUGCAUUGUAAUAUUCAGUUUUAAUAAAUCUCUUCAAAAUAUUUUGUAUUUAGAAAUUAAUCUGACUUUACUACAAACAUGGCUCAGAAUCUACAGAUCCAGUUAAUUUAAAAACAGUUCUCUGUCAGUCUGAACUGUUACCUUGAUUCUGUUUAAAUGACCAAUACUUUUUGAAGUUGAUGUACUUAGUUUCAAGAUUCAUAGAUUCUGUUAUCUAUGUAGGAAAAAAAAGGUCAUGUAUAUUUUCUAUUAGUUGAGUUUUUACAUCUUUAGAAUUGUAAAAUUCAGUAUAGUUUGAAAGUGGCACAAUUAAAAAUUAAUUUUCUAACAAGUUGGGAGGUUUGACGGUUGUUUAAUUUCAUUUUGUGUGUAUUCUGCUUACCUCUGUAGCAUGCUCAAUAAACACUUCUGUAGCUCUGUAUUCA